CUCGAACGCUGCCGGACAUUCUCUCCACAACGCACACAUCGUACUCACAAAAUCCGACUUCAUUCAACAACAUUGUACCAAACUCAUGCGGACCACAAGAUUCACUGUCCGAACCGCGGAUCGUAGUCAGAUUUUACGAAGACAGGUUCAUGCUGCAAGAAUUGCCGAAACUUUAGCAAGGAUCCGGCGCCAAGAACAAUUGGACCGUCAACGUGAACAACUCGCUAGACCUCCUGCCUUCCAAAAUGUUCUAGACGAGCCUGAUACCAAUUUCGAGGAUCAACCCGAUGAAGGUGAACAUAACCAAGAAGAUGAAACUGAAGAAAAUUGUGUUUGGGUAGACUUGCUAGAAGACCAACCCGAUGAGAUUGAUAUUGCCAUUGCAGCUGAUAGAGAAAGGCAUCGUCAGCAAGCUCGUGAAUUCAACUGGGCAGUACUUCUUCACCACCUUCACGCAACUUACAUGAAGUUGAAAGCAAUCACAAAGGACUGGACCGGUUCAAACUCAUACAACAGUUUCACCAGCUGCUCUGCGACAUGCUCUCGGGAGUUUCAUCGAACAGUUGAUUUAGUAGACAUACAAGGCCAAAGACGAAAAACUAUUAGGUUCUGUGAAUGUACACUCGAUGGUGUCCGACUUCUUCAGCUUGGCUACAUUGCAGGAUCGCCGGUCCGACCACAAACCGCAUUUUCUCUUCCCCUACUAAUCUUCCACAACAAUCUAUGGAAUAACUGCCAUGUAGGCACACUCCCCUUUACGGUGGCCCUGAAUUCUUGGCUUGAGCCUCGCUCUCAACGCUUGCGCGCUCGCCAAGGAAAACAUGCUCGGCAACUUCGCAAACCUUUCACAGCAGCGGUUGACUUGUUCCGCCAACUUGAAGAAAAGACAGCAGAGGUAGUCUUUUCAUCACUGCAACUGACUAAGCAAGAAAUUCUAGCCUGUACAUCAUGCCCUGCAUGCUUUGGACCACAACCCCCCAACCCAUUUGAUUACCCAGAAACAACCCGUAACCGCCUCAUUGUCUGCCUGGACGGGAAUUUCCAGCACCGUCACCAAACCAACGCAAGCCGCAACUAUGAACAACUUCGAACACCUCGAGUUUUUCUAAAGCAAAGCGAAGUUGACAAAGUUUCUCAAUCCAUACGCGCAAGAGAAGCAGAAGGGAUGACUCCUAAGCAGACCGAUCGAUGUGCAGACUCCCACAAGGCCGCUGAUGAUAAACGAAAUGAAUCAACAUGGAAAGGGUGCGAUGAUACUGGUCUAAUGGAGGCCCUCCUCUCAGCAGUCGAAUCAAACCGCAAAGUGGGGAUCUUGUACGACAUUGGAUGCAGUUUAGACAAGUACAUUAACUUGUUGGAUUACCAUCCUAGGUUUAACCAAGGUUGGGGACUGUCUGAUGGGGAGGGUCUAGAGCGAAUGUGGUCCUAUCUCUCUCCUUUGGUGAGCCCCCUGCGAUAUGCGACUCGAAACCAUCGCCUUGCAGCAAUAUCACACCGUUUGAAACACCACAAUCAUCGGUCAAUUCAGCAACUUCCAUAUUGGUUACAAAGGAAGUUCUGCCAAGCUGUCCGACGCCGCCGAGAGAACCAAAACUUGCUAGACCAACUGCUUAAUAAGAGAAAUUGCCAUCGGCAAGGAGGCGGAAACUUCACGAUUGGCUUCUUCAAGAGACAGUGGGCUGCUCAAAGGGAAUUUCAAUCCAACCACACAACAGAAGAGGAUACCCGCCGUUCAAAGCUCUUGUCAAUAUACAAGCGAGAAGCAAGUAUAAAUCUCAUGAGGACACGCCUCCGAAACCCUCGGGACCUUUUAGAAGAUCCAGGAGAAAUUCAAGAACUUAUGGACUCCAUUGUGGAGGAAGCCAAUCUGCUGCGUCAAGAAAAGGAAGAAAUGGGAGUGGCAAACAUGCCUGAGACUACUGACACUGAGGAGCAGAAGCUCAGGCUCCUUCUCUGGGAUGCAAAGUCGGCCCUUUUUGUCCAGGCCGUUCAUAUCAACGCUGAGCGCCAGCCUUUGAUCAAUUCUCAUACAAUGGGAUCGCGGCUGGGUACUCGUGGAAAGGAGAAGAUUGUGAAGGCUUCGCAAGCACGCCGGCCAGCGGUCCAGAAACUCAUUGAUGCUUAUAAUCAACAAUUCCGGCAGUUCAAAGCAAAAUACCCGAAUCAACAACUAUCCGAUGAAGAUGAUCACCCUGUGACCUACGAUGAGUUUUCAACUUGGCCAAUGGACCACAGAUUUUGGAACGAUGGUCUUUAUUAUCAUUCGAGUGAACCCUGGUCCAUUGAUCCAGAUGUCAAAACAGGUAUCAAUUGUGUUCUAAUGCUCAGUCGCACCCAAGAAGAGUUUGAGCUUAUUGCCCAGGAAUUGGCUCGAGCUACUGGAUGGGCCAUUGACCACUACAAGCUAAUCAAGAAUAAACUGCUCUACAUCGAAAUCCGAAUGGUUCUGUUACAGGGGGAUGCCAAUGGUGCCCUUGAUCAUAUAGACAGUCUGUCAUUAGGUGAAUGCAGCCGAUUAGACAAACUGCAGCUGGUUGAGAACGAAUUGCAAGCACGACUCAGGCUCCAUAGUCAGUUGAUACAAGAUUGGUCUGACAACGUAACUUGGCUUUGGCGGCGCUGCCAACCAUUCAGCAAUCGAGGUUCAAUCGGGGAGUGGAACAAUCUAGUUGAACAACUAAGCCGGUCUGAUAUUGAGUCUGAAAACCUUGGUACAUCUUCAAGCACAAUUGAUGAUGAGUUAGAAGAUUUGAUGUUAGAUGAGAAUGUAGAUGAUGGAGAAGAUGUAGAGGAGAGAUUAAUAUCAAAUACUGAAGUAGUUUGACAAUGAAUUGUGAACAUAAAGUUAGUAUGUUAUUUAUCAGAUUUAAAGUUGAGGUCUGGUGUUUUU